AUGAGCAGAGAAGCCUCGAAAAUGCAGUUUCAUGUAUUAGUAGUUGAUGAUAGCCUCAUUGAUAGAAAGUUGAUUGAGAGACUCCUCAAAACUUCUUCUUAUCAAGUUACAGUAGUUGAUUAUGGAAUAAAGGCUCUAGAAUUUCUGGGGUUGAUUGAAGAUGAGAGUAUUGAUUCAAACUCAAAUGCUACUACUAGAAAUCAUCAUGAAGUGGAAGUUAAUUUAAUUAUUAUAGAUUACUGUAUGCCUGGAAUUAUUGGUUAUGAACUCUUGAUAAAGAUCAAGGUAACUGUUGAGAAGUAA